AUGUCUCAAGACACGGGCCUGUGGAGCGUCCGCCGGAAAAGAGAGACGCUCGGCGGCCUCAGUACAAACAGCGGCAUCCCGGCGCCAGGGUCGACAAUGAAGCGCCAGAAUCAGGGACCCUCCAGCUUCGGCACCGCCCACGGCCGCUCCAUGUCGGGAUCUAGGCACUCCCUGGCUGUGACGCGCCCGAACCAGCCCAUGUUCCAACGCGCAUCGUCCGGCACAAACCUGGGCGAUAUUGGCCUGUCCUCUAUCAAGCGAACGUCGUUUCAGCAGGCCAGAGCAACAUACAACCCGGGCGCCUUUACUCCGUUGGCUGCGAGGCCGUCAACGGACAGCGAUAGACGGAGCAGCGUGUAUCGUCCGCGGCAAUCCACAGUCGGCCCCGUGAGCCACCAGAGCUUUUUCCAGACCACGCCCCAGGCAGCCGGCGUCCCUCGCGAUCCGCGGCCGCUGAGGGACCGAUCCUUCCAAGCCCGAAUCGCCCAAGAGCUGAUGGACUACAUGGUGCAAAACAACUUUGAGAUGGAAAUGAAGCAUUCGUUGUCACAAAACAUUCUCAAGUCGCCGACCCAGAAAGACUUCAACUUCAUGUUCCAGUGGCUCUACCAUCGGAUCGACCCCAGCCACAAAUUCCAGAAGAAUAUCGACCAAGAGGUGCCGCCCAUUCUUAAGCAGCUUCGAUACCCGUUUGAGCGCAGCAUCACAAAAAGCCAGAUUGCGGCCGUGGGUGGCCAGAACUGGAGUACUUUUCUCGGCCUGCUCCAUUGGAUGAUGCAACUGGCUCAAAUGCUCGAGGGCUAUGCCGGCAAUCGGUACAUAGAUGCUUGCCUCGACGUCGGUGUCGAUGUAAGUGGCGACCAGAUCAUCUUCAACUUCCUUAGUAGUGCAUACAGAGACUGGCUCGCCAUGGACGACGACAUGGGCGACGAGGAUGCCGAGCGACUACUAGCCCCCCACGUUGAGGCCAUGGCAAGGGCGUUUGAGGAGUCCAACUCAAAGUACACGGCCGAGCUUGAGAUGCUCGAGGCCGAGAAUGAGAGGCUGUCCAAGGAAAUCGAGGAUCUUGAAAAGUCCACCCCGGACCCUGCCGUCUUGGAUAACCAUUUCAAAAUCAUGGAAGAGGACCGCGUCAAGUUUGAAGACUACAAUGAGCUCGCCGUUCAGCGAUCGGAAAAAUACGAAGCCCGCAUCCAAGUUUUACAAGAGGAGCUAAACAAGGUUGUAGAAGAGCUGAAAGAAGCCGACGAGGAACGAAGAGGACUCCAAAGAGCUGUUGACGCCCAAGGCAUUAGCAUGCAGGAUAUUGACCGCAUGACUUCUGAACGGGAACGCCUGCAAAGGGGUAUCGAGUCGGCCGGCCAACGCUUGGAAGAGAUUAAGAAAAAGGUCAUGGAAAAGGAAGCCGAGGCCAGCCGAAAACUUGAUGAGCUGGAACGCGUGGUGGACAAGUACAACACCAUUGCCUACCAAAUAGCCCUCAUACCAGCUACCGCGGCCAAUGCUAAGGGCAGGGACUACGAGCUGCAGGUUACCCUCAACGAGAACGAGCUGAAUUCAUCCAACUGGAAGAGCUCCAGCACAACACAUACCCCGGCGACAGACCGAUCAUUGGUUGAUGCCACAACCGGCUAUCAACCAGGACACGUCCUUAACCUAGAUCUCAGGGGGCAAGUCCGCAGCAGCUUCAUAGCUUUGCGAAAGGAGAUUGCAGAGCGACGAAGCGUUGUAAUGGACGACAUGAUGAAAGACCACGAGCUCUUGGAUGGCAUUAAGGAGGCCAUUGAGGACAAGCGGAACGAGGUUGAAGCCUUGAAUCACAGAGUCAGGGCUGCAGAAGAGGAGUAUGAAAAGACGAAAGAGGUUGCCACGGCGCAGAAGAUGGGAUCCGACGCACAAAUCGAAAAGAUGGAAAAGGAACUCUCCAGAAUGCGAGCCGGUCUGACAGAGUCUGUGCAGCUGCUAGAGCAACGCGAGAUCAACACUACCAUUGAAUACGAACAGCUUGUAUUGCGGGCCAACUCGCUGCGAGAGGAGCUACACACGGAGAUUGAUCGCAUGCUAAACGACGUGAUCAAGUUCAAGAUUCACGUGCAAAAGAGCUUGGACGACUACGAGGGCUUCGUGGCCGACGAGCUGGAAAAGGAGCUGGGGGGCGACGAGAUAAUGCAGGAUGAGACUCGGACGCUGCCUGAUAUCUAA